GGCUCCCUCGGGAAGCCGGCGCCAGGCCUGGAGUGGGCGCCUGGGCAGUGAGUGCGGGCCACGGGCUUCAGGCCGCGGACAGGGGCGCCCUCAUUGUUCCCAGGGGCCCAGACCCAGUGCGCCCUUGGCAGGAGGCGGCAAGGUGGAAGGUACAGGUGUCCCGCCCCGGCUGGACCAUGGCGCCCCCUCGGGACGUGGUGAAGAUCGCCGUUCAGAAGCGUGACGCCAUCCCGCAGCUCAUCCAGCUGGACCAGGCAAAGCCCCUGGCCGCUGUGCUGAAGGAGGUGUGCGACGCGUGGAGUCUGGCUCACUCUGAGCGCUAUGCCCUGCAGUUUGCUGAUGGACACAAGAGAUACAUCACCGAGAAUAACCGCUCAGAGAUCAAGAAUGGCAGCAUCCUGUGCCUCAGCACCGCCCCAGACCUUGAGGCUGAGCAGCUGUUAGGUGUGCUGCAGAGCGGGGGUCGUGAAGGACGCCGGGAAGCCCUGCAGCAGCUCGUCCUGCUGGCUCCAGACAUGACCUUUGCCCAGGAGGUCAUCAGCCGUGAAGGGCUUCAGAAGCUAGGCACCAUCAUUGAGGACGGGGAUGACCUAGGAGAGGAGCUGGCCCUCGCACUGCAGGCCUUCUUGGAGCUCAUGGAGCACGGCGUGGUGUCCUGGGAGACGCUCAGUAUCCCCUUUGUUAAGAAGGUGAUACGCUAUGUGAACAUGAACCUGAUGGACGCAUCUGUGCAGCCCCUGGCCCUCAGGCUGCUGGAGAGUGUGACCUUGAGCAGCCCUACCCUGGGCCAGGUGGUCAAGAGUGAGGUGCCACUGGACAGGCUGCUGGUACACCUACAGGUGAUGAAUCAGCAGCUGCAAACCAAGGCCAUGGCACUGCUGACAGCCUUGCUGCAAGGGGCCAGCCCUGUGGACCGUAAGCACAUGCUUGACUACCUGUGGCAGAGAAACCUUCGUCAAUUCAUCUAUAAGAGCAUCAUCCAUAGCGCAGCACCACUGGGCGACGAGAUGGCUCACCACUUGUACGUACUGCAGUCCCUUACACUGGGGCUGCUGGAGCAGCGCAUGCGGACACCACUGGACCCCUACAGCCAGGAGCAGCGGGAGCAGCUGCAGGCCCUGCGCCAGGCUGCCUUUGAGCUGGAAGGGGAGUCUCCCAGUGCCGGGCUGAGUGCUGACCGGCGCCGUUCCCUCUGUGCCCGGGAGUUCCGCAAACUGGGCUUCACCAACAGCAACCCUGCUCAGGACCUGGAGCGCGUGCCCCCUGGCCUGCUGGCCCUGGACAACAUGCUCUACUUCUCCAAACAUGCACCCAGUGCCUACAGCCGGUUUGUGUUGGAGAACAGUAGUCGUGAGGACAAGCAUGAGUGCCCCUUUGCCCGGAGCAGCAUCCAGCUGACGGUGCUGCUGUGUGAGCUGCUCCGUGUCGGGGAGCCCUGCUCCGAAACGGCCCAGGACUUUUCACCUAUGUUCUUCAGCCAAGACCAGAGCUUCCAUGAGCUCUUCUGUGUGAGCAUUCAGCUUCUGAAUAAGACCUGGAAGGAGAUGCGGGCCACACAGGAGGACUUUGACAAGGUCAUGCAAGUGGUCCGGGAGCAGCUGGCCCGCACCCAGAGACUUCCCACCACAUUUGGAAUAACUGCUGUUUUGUUCAAGGUGGAAGUAGGGGUGGGGAUCCCAGAUGCUGUUAUCAGCAGCCGGAGACGCCAGGACAAGCUGUGGUUCUGCUGCCUGUCCCCCAACCACAAAGUGCUGCAGUAUGGGGACGUGGAGGACGGUGCCAGUCCACCUGCCCCCGAGAGCCUCCCAGAACAGCUCCCAGUGGCUGACCUCAGGGCACUACUGACCGGCAAGGACUGCCCCCACGUCCGGGAGAAAGGCUCACUGAAGCAGAACAAGGACCUCUGUGAGUUAGCUUUCUCAGUCAGCUAUGACCACGGGGAGGAGGAGGCGUACCUCAACUUCAUCGCCCCCUCCAGACAGGAGUUCCACCUGUGGACAGAUGGGCUGAGCACCCUGCUGGGCAGUCCCAUGGGCAGUGAGCAGACACGGCUGGACUUGGAGCAGCUGCUGACCAUGGAGACCAAGCUGCGCUUGUUGGAGCUGGAGAACGUGCCCAUCCCUGAGCAGCCGCCCCCCAUCCCCCCGCCCCCCACCAACUUCAACUUCUGCUAUGACUGCAGUGUCACUGAACCUUGACAGGUUGGCCGAGGGCCGCAGCUGCUGCCACUGUGGUGGC